AAAGAAGGAAGGGCUGAGACUUGAGCGGCUGUUGAUUGGCUACCCUUGGGCCAAUCGGAAGAGCCCUGCUUUGGCGGGAGUCUUGACCGCCGCCAGGGUUUUCUGUGACCCAGUUAUUGCAUAAAGAGUCCUGCCGCUGUGAGUAUGUUCCUGUCCGAUUUCCGCAAGGAGUUCUAUGAGCUGGUCCAGAAUCAGAGGGUCCUUCUCUUUGUGGCCUCCGAUGUGGACGCUCUGUGCGCCUGCAAGAUCCUUCAGGCCUUGUUUCAGUGUGACCAUGUGCAGUACACACUGGUUCCAGUUUCUGGGUGGCAAGAACUUGAAACGGCAUUUCUUGAGCAUAAAGAGCAGUUCCAUUAUUUUAUUCUCAUAAACUGUGGAGCUAAUGUAGACCUAUUGGAUAUCCUUCAACCUGAGGAAGACACUAUAUUCUUUGUGUGUGACACCCAUAGACCAGUCAAUGUUGUGAACGUGUACAACGAUACCCAGAUCAAACUACUCAUCAAACAAGAUGAUGACCUUGAAGUUCCUGCCUACGAUGAUAUCUUUAGGGAUGAAGAGGAGGAUGAAGAGCAUUCAGGAAAUGAGAGUGAUGGGUCAGAACCUUCCGAGAAGCGCACACGGUUGGAAGAGGAAAUGGUGGAGCAGACCAUGAAGAGGAGGGAGCGAAGAGCGUGGGAGGCCCGGAGAAGAGAAAUCCUCUUUGACUAUGAGCAGUAUGAAUAUCAUGGGACAUCAUCAGCCAUGGUGAUGUUUGACUUGGCAUGGAUGAUGUCCAAGGAUCUGAAUGACAUGCUGUGGUGGGCCAUCGUGGGACUGACGGACCAGUGGGUUCAAGACAAGAUUACCCAAAUGAAGUAUGUGACUGACGUUGGCCUUCUGCAGCGCCACGUGUCCCGGCACAACCACCGGGAUGAGGACGAGGAACACACGCUCUCUGUCGACUGCACACGGAUUGCCUUUGAGUAUGACCUCCGCCUGGCACUCUACCAGCACUGGUCACUGUAUGACAGCCUUUGCAACACAUGCUACACUGCCUCCAGGUUCAAGCUCUGGUCCGUGCAGGGCCAGAAACGGCUCCAGGAGUUCCUGGCGGACAUGGGUCUUCCACUAAAGCAGGUAAAACAGAAGUUUCAAUCCAUGGACAUUUCCUUGAAGGAGAAUUUGCGAGAAAUGAUCGAAGAAUCAGCAAAUAAAUUUGGGAUGAAGGACAUGCGUGUGCAGACUUUCAGCAUUCAUUUUGGGUUCAAGCAUAAGUUCCUGGCCAGUGACGUGGUCUUUGCCACGAUGUCUUUGAUGGAGAGCACCGAGAAGGACAGCUCUGGGACUGACAACUUCACUCAGGCUUUGGACAGUCUCUCCAGGAGUAACCUGGACAAGCUCUACCAUGGCCUGGAACUUGCCAAGAAGCAGCUGCGAGCCACCCAGCAGACUAUCGCCAGCUGCCUUUGCACCAACCUCGUCAUCUCCCAGGGACCUUUCCUCUACUGCUCCCUCAUGGAGGGCACUCCAGAUGUCAUGCUUUUCUCCAAGCCAACGUCCCUGAGUCUGCUCAGCAGACACCUACUCAAGUCCUUUGUAUGUUCGACAAAGAACCGGCGCUGCAAGCUGCUGCCCUUGGUGAUGGCCGCCCCUCUGAGUGCGGAGCAGGGCACGGUGACCGUGGUGGGCAUCCCCCCAGAGACCGACAGCUCAGACAGAAAGAACUUUUUCGGAAGGGCGUUUGAGAAGGCUGCAGAGAGCACCAGCUCCCAGACCCUGCACAACCACUUUGACCUGUCUGUAAUUGAACUGAAAGCAGAGGAUCGGGGCAAGUUUCUGGACGCGCUUGUUUCUCUCCUGUCCUGA